UCUUGUGGGCCUUGCCAUGUCCAGUGCCUCUGGACUGGCUCCUCUGCCCACUGCAACUUGUCUGCUUCAAGGUGUCCCUUGGCCACCUAGAGGUGGCAGGGGUGCCUUCCCCAUGGCGUGGGGGGUUAGAUCCAUCCCCGGGGAGAGAGGGACUGCAGAAAGACUGACGUGACCGUUUUCCUCCUUGCAGACCCUGGAUGCCGUGGACGUCCUGCUGGAGAGCUUGGUGCUCAGCUCCCCGGGCUCCAGGGACCUGUGGAGAAUCUUGCAGAUGCUGCUGCCCUUCAUCAACAUCAAGCACCCAGCUGUAUGUGAACGGGCCGUGGCAAGGAUCGCAAAGCUGGCCGAUUUGAUGGCCAGCUCUUCCUCAGUGCAGGUAGGGAGGCAGGCACCCUCCAGCCAGGCUGUCUCCCACUCCCUGCCCACCGUGGGCAGCAGCCUGCGGCUCAAGAUGCCUGAGGCAUUCAGCACGGCUCUGCCCUGGGCAAGGGUCUCGGCUUCUCUUUUUCCCAUGUUUUUUCCUCCCCAGUGCCCUUUCUGCCAGCAGCCAUCUUGGCCCCCAGUCCUGUGCAGGUCAGCACUGCCCAAGGAGCAUGGCGGGAGGCCAGGCCUGGCAGCUCUCCCUGCCCGGCUGCCCAGCUCGCUGCUCUGGGAGGGCCCUGCACAACUCCGACCCUCCAGGAUCCUUCCCUGGGGCAGUCUCAGGUUCGGAGCUUUUGUUGCGCUGCUGCCCCUCAGCCCUUCUACCUGUCCUGCCUCCCUUGCCCAGGUCUGGAGCUUGCUUGGACACGACCACAGCUCUUCCCACUAUGACAUCAGCAAGGACCGCUUGCUGGGACAGCUGCUGGGACGUCUCAUUGUUUGCUGGACUAGCAAGAUCUGGGCGAUCCAGCAGGAGGCUUUGGUUGCUCUUCAUCACCUCUCCAUAUUCAUCCAGCACCAAAAAUGCAUGACGUCACCUCAACCAGACAAUUGUCAUGAUCAUCCAGAGCAUCCCCAGGAUGGAGGGAAGAGGGAAGCAGGGAAACCCUCCUGUCUUUCUCUGUGCAGCACGAUUAGCAUGGCAAAGGUAAUGAGCUUCUUCCUUGCUGGGCCUCUUGUCUGGGGCAUCAGAACGAGACUGGUGUAAGCAAAGGGAUCCAGAACCAGCGGGCUUGGCAUGACCUCACUGUCCCUGGUCAGAGGGUUGCUGCUGUUCUGGAGCAGGGACUUCAGAGGGCUGCACUCCAGGGUCCCUCCUCUCUCACCUAGGGACCUCUCUUCUUAUCCUCUACUCCGCAACGACUCCAGCCCCUGCUGCCAGCUUUCCCGUGGGUCCUCUCGCCAGAGCUGCUCUCACUGCCCAGCUGAGCAGCACUAUCAGGGCACUCAGUGUAACACGUCUUCCCCGCC